GUGCAAAAUCCAAUCAUCUAUAAAUCACGUCAACUUCGUUGCUUUUGAUACGAUUCUUCUUUUCUCCUUACCCAUAUUCAAUCUUUAAGAUUUUACACCCACACUCACUCAAAAAAAAACCAAUUAACUUCAAACUACAUUCAUUAUGAAGUUCACAAACGCAAUUGCUCUCGCCAUCUUGGCUGCUACUGCCACCGCUGUUGCGGUCCCAGAGCCAUGGUGCGGAAGACCCGGUCAACCAUGCAAACGUGAGGCCGUCGCCGUCGCUGCCCCUGUCGCUGAGCCAUGGUGCGGACGCCCAGGACAACCAUGCAAGCGUACCCCAGAAGCCGAAGCUUGGUGUGGACGUCCCGGACAGCCAUGCAAGCGUGAUGCUGAGCCAUGGUGCGGACGCCCAGGACAGCCAUGUAAGCGCGAGGCUCUCCCAGAAGCCUGGUGUGGACGCCCCGGACAACCAUGUAAACGUACUCCUCUCGCAGAGGCCGAGGCCGAAGCUUGGUGCGGACGUCCAGGACAACCUUGCCGCAAGAACAAGCGCGCAGCUGAGGCCGUCGCUGAGGCUUUCGCCGAGCCAUGGUGUGGACGCCCAGGACAACCCUGCAAACGUGAUGCCGAAGCCGAUGUUUCCGAGGCUGCCAUCAAGAGAUGCAACAUGGUUGGAGGAGCUUGCUUCGAGGCCAAGAGACUCGCUAGAGAUCUUGCCGAGGCUACUGCCGAGACCGUUGAGGAUUCUGAUCUGUUCCUCAGAUCCCUCAACAUCGAGACCCGUGAGGUUUCCGAAGUCGUUGCCCGCGAGGCUGAGGCCUGGUGUGGACGUCCCGGACAACCAUGCAAGCGCGAUGCUGAGGCCUGGUGCGGACGCCCAGGACAACCAUGCAAGAGAGAAGCUCUUGCCGAGGCCGAAGCUUGGUGCGGACGCCCCGGGCAACCAUGUAAACGCGAGGCUCUCGCCGAAGCUGAGGCUUGGUGUGGACGUCCCGGUCAACCAUGUAAGCGUACUGCUGAGCCAUGGUGCGGACGCCCCGGACAGCCAUGCAAGGAGAAGCGUGAGGCGGAUCCCGAAGCCGAGGCCUGGUGCGGACGCCCCGGACAACCUUGCCGUGCCGUCAAGCGUGCUGCUGAAGCUAUUGCCGAGGCGCUUGCCGAGCCCACUGCGGAGGCCUGGUGCGGACGCCCCGGUCAACCAUGCAAGCGCGAAGCUCUUGCUGAGGCGGAGGCCAAUGCUGAGGCUUGGUGCGGACGUCCCGGACAACCUUGCCGCAAGGCCAAGAGAGAUGCGUUUGCUUUGGCUUAUGCUGCCGAUGUUGCGCUUGCGCAAUUGUAAGGGGCUCCACACCAUUGCCUAGGAUAUCGCGCCGAGAAAAGGAUGACGCGUUGCUUACGAAGAUUUUCGUCUCGUAGCAUUCGGUUCGACUGAUUGUAGCGAUAUCUCCAUCCAUGCAUUUCUUACACUUCUCUUUCUUGUUGCAUUUACCUUUGUCUCUUAGACUAGACUUUUCGCAGUACACAGAUUGCGCUAGACUUUUGCGCCGUUGGAAAAACUUCGAUUCUUUAUUUUUCUUCUUUUCUUCAGGUAUGCAUACAUACAUGCAUGUGUAUACUUCGUUUACCAAAAAAAAAAAAAUACAUA